AUGGCCGAAAUAUCUUUGGCAGUCGUCACUCGUGAUGAAGUCAUCAGCUGUUUCAGGGAAACACCACGGGAGCCACGAGCUUCGGGGCCAGCUCCAGAUCGCGUAACUCCUAGCGCAAAAUCAUCGUCCGUGUCGCAAGAUUUCACAGAUUCAGGGUACUCGUCUCCAGAUGACCCUACCGUGUCUGACUCCCAAGUCAGAGUUCAAGACAGUAAACAACCUAGGCCUAAAGGAAUUCCAGUCAAGUUGGGCGGCCAGAAUCUCUUCAGGUUCAAAGGUACACCAAGCAAGCAAACAAAUGAUCGAUUCAACUACGUUAUCGACCAGAUAGAGCCAUUACUACUCGCCCGCUUGAAGAAAACCGGGAGUCGAGUUGGACCGAUGGCGUUUCGAACAAUGAUACUCGGGACAAACGAGGAGGACGCCGGCGAGUACAUUGUCGUGCUUUGUCCCAAAAAGCUGUUGGAGACUGUCAACGACUUCUUCGAUAAAACCAAAAUCAUCAAAGAGUUAUGCGAGCCUACAGAACAGACGCCGAGACUCAGUAUUAUCGUUGAGGGUCGAGAACCUCGCCUAACGGCAAAGCUACUGCGCUCACUCUUGUCAAUAGACCACAGUCACGUCGAUUCAAAUUCUUGGGUCACAAAGAAAGAGCCGAAAAUCUGCGGAUGUUCUCUCAGGCUCACAGGGAACCAGAAAAACGGAAAGACUGCUACGUUCGGCGGCAUGAUCAAGGUGAUGGAUACGGCCGGUGAAAGUAAAUUGUACGGAAUGACGGUGGGCCACGUCUUUAAUGAAGACAAGACGACAAGCUCCGAAGAGACCAGCCUCGAAAGUUGCAACAGAGCUAGCCUAGCCAAGUCCAAAUUGGAGUUAGGCUAUGGUCAUGAAGUGUGGGAGGAGUUUCGCACAUGCCAAGUCUUGAAGAAGGACGAAUCCCAGGAAGAAGGUCCGGAUUUUGAUUGGGCUUUGGUCGAAUCUGAUGGCUUUCUUCUACUCGGCCCGAAUAAUAACAUGAGAUACUCUCUCACGACAGAUUCUGGAACAUUUUUAGGUGAUGAGCCCUACCAGGAGGUUGAGAUGAUCGCAGGCACCGAUGAAACUAGACCUGGUCUGCUGGCAAGAGGAUCAGCUCGAUUCUGGUCAGGAACGGCAGGUGCGUCCACACCUGCCUACAUUCUCACCUUGGAAGAGGGAGAAGUUGGAGAAGGCGACUCCGGUGCAUGGGUUGUGGGGGCAUUGUCUCAUGAAGUUUUUGGCCACACAGUUGCAGUAGACAUGUUCGGCGACGCAUAUGUUCUCCCUAUGGAUCAAACAUUUGCAGACAUCCAAAGAAGUCUAGGCGCAGAAUCUGUUCAACUCGCUUCUCUACAAGACUGGACAUCAACAAGGAGCCCCAAUAAGCGGCCCUUCGAACAACAGUCACCCAAAGUCGGGCUUAUCGAAGGCGAAUCCGGUCAUUCUAAGCGUCGCAAGAGUUCUCCAGUCCAGGCGGAGUCCCCAACUAUGAUGUCAGAUGAAGAGGUUGUGACGAUGGAUAUUGCGAUAGCCCACGCUGCGCCUCCGGAUUCCGCCUAUGGGUCAGCGCAUGUCACCCCGCAGUCAAUUGACUGCCCAUCUACUUUCGGUACAAGCGUCUUUACAAGUAUCGAUGAAAAUUGGUCUUAUGGCUGCAGUCCACCGCUUACUUCUACCUCGAUUUGGGGGGACAUGUCGACAAUGGGGGAUCUCCCUGAAGAAAUUCUCUUCGAAGAGCUGUUCCACUCUGAGAUUGCCCUCCCUGAGACGUCAACUGAGGGGAAGCGAAGAGGGUCAUCCUCGUAG